GAUUCCACUUACUCCAUACCCGCAACCGCAUGCGAGAUGUCGGUUGAGAGGGAGGAGAACUAUCCCCCGAUAGGGAAGAUCGGGCUGUGGGAUUCGAAAUUCAAGCUCUUCAUGGGCUCAAACGUACUUAUAUUCGCGGUAGUCAUCGGGUACUUAUCGGUCCUUCAUCAGAAAGAAGCAGACGUCAUCACGCCGUUGAAUGCUCCGCACAUGGUCACCAAAUCAGGAUUGGCGGUCCCGGAGAGGUAUUGGGGCUCCUACAGGUCGAACCUUUAUUUCGGCAUGAAGAACAGACAUCCCGAUCCUCUGAACUUCGGUCUGAUGUGGUUCAAUCAGAAACCCAGCGCCAACAGUUUAAACGUCCGGCAUUGGUGCUCGCAGCGAGAUGGUCUGCAACGGUAUUCGUGGCUCAAGCACGACGGCGUGAACUUCGGAGAACAGACCAUCAUCGACGGCAAUCUCAACAUAACGACCUCUUUCGUCAAACGGAGAGGCCUUCGCGGCGGGGAGUGGACCGCCAGGAUAAGCGUGGAGCCAGUGAAGGUUCCACCCCCGAAAGUAGCCAGGGAUCCGGAACCCAUGUCCCUGUUCUUUUACGCCAUGGCCGACAUCGAAACGCACAAUUUGAGCGUGAAUUUGAUUGAGAAGACUCGAGUCGAGAGUAUACAGGGUAGUUCUCCUGACAUCGGCCGUUGGAGACUGCGCUUCCUCGGGGACGGUAACGACCCGAUGAAAUACAGUUAUUUGAGUACUGUCGUCCCCGGGCCAGAAGACAUAAUCGAAACUCUACACCGGACCGUGCGUGCCGUGAAACUGCCGAAUCAUCCGGUUAAACUGUUCUUUCUCGAAGGAAAAGUUUUCAUACCGGACGAUCCCGUGAAAGAACCUAAUUUCGUGACGACGCAAGUGACCGUGACACCUCCGUACACAAUGGAGGUUCUCUUCCAAAACGUAGAGAGUGAUCUCGACCGUGAAAUCGACAACGAACUCCAGGGUGAAGUUUACACCAAGGAAUUGGAACUUCACAAAGCGAAGUUCGAUGCCAAGUUCGACUCUCUGUUCCAUCUGAAGGAAAAAUACAAGCCGGAAGAUGUGCAGACCGCAAAAGCCGUUCUCAGCAACAUGGUCGGCUCGAUUGGCUAUUUCCACGGCCGGAGCUUGGUCAAAGGUCCCGAUAACCGGGAAGUGGUUCUCUACUGGCCGGCUUCUCUGUACACUGCGGUCCCUUCGAGGUCGUUCUUCCCGAGAGGAUUUCUCUGGGACGAGGGAUUUCACAAUCUUCUGAUCUCGAAGUGGAACCCCGAGAUCUCAAAAGACAUCAUCUCGCACUGGCUUGAUCUCAUGAACAAGAACGGCUGGAUCCCCCGGGAACAGAUUCUCGGAGAGGAAGCAAAAGCUGCGGUUCCUCGCGAAUUCAUUGUCCAGCGGAGCACCAACGCCAACCCUCCGACAUUGUUCCUCGCUGUUCAGACAUUGCUGAACAUGAUGAAAGCUCGGGAAAUCCCGGAUGAUCUCGAAUUCGUCAGGAGGGCUUAUCCCCGAUUGCAGGCGAUAUACGAAUACUUCGAGCGAGAGCAGAACGGCGUCGAGGACACGACUUACAGAUGGCGUGGGAGAGACCCCGACGCCAGAACCGAGCUCAAUCCUAAAACACUAGCCUCAGGUCUCGACGACUUCCCACGAGCUUCCCACCCAACCGACGAAGAGAGACAUAUCGAUCUCCGCUGUUGGGUCGCUCUGAUGGCAGAAGUUCUCGCUGAUAUAGGUCAGAAACUCGAACUCCCCGAGAGCCUCCACAAACAAUAUCGGGAGAAACAGGAAGUGCUCAGCAACAACGACCUCCUGAACAAGCUCCAUUGGUCGGAGGACGCGAAACAAUACAGCGAUUACGGACUUCAUACGGAUGAUGUCAUGUUGGUGAAACAGAAGUCGAAGCCCGGGGAGCCCCCCUUGCCCAUGGUUCGAUACACGAUUAAGGCUCCAAGGAAACGAUUCGUCAAUCAAUUAGGCUACGUCAGUCUAUUCCCUCUGAUCAUGAGACUCCUCGAUCCCGACUCACCGCAAUUGCGUGAAAUUCUACAAGGCCUCGACGACCCCAAGACCAUGUGGACCGAUUACGGUUUGCGAUCGCUUUCACAGACGAGUAAGCUGUACAACACUCGAAACACGGAGCAUGAUCCGCCCUAUUGGCGAGGGAACAUAUGGAUCAACAUCAAUUUUCUUGUGAUUCGUGGUUUGAGGCAUUACGCAACAAUCGAUGGUCCCCACAAAGCUCUAGCGGGAUCCUUAUGUGAUCGACUGCGUGCGAACGUUGUCAAUAAUGUAUUGAAAGAGUACUCGCGAACAGGGUUUAUCUGGGAAAAUUAUGAUGAUUUCUCAGGCAAAGGACACGGCAGUCAUCCUUUCACCGGAUGGUCAGCGCUCGUCGUCCUCCUGAUGGGCGAGCAGUAUUGAUCUGAGCGAUGGAGAGUUCCACAAGAUGGUGGCAAUAUCGAGUUGCGAACGGAGUCAGUACCGUUGAGGUCAGGAUCGCUGACGAACCAGGGCUAGUUUGGGUGUUUUGCAGCGAUGGAACAUUCCAAGGUCCGUCUCGAUGGAGAGCGGUCCGGCUAGAGUACGGGGAGCGGGAAAUGAAUGCAGAUUGAUGAAUGUGAAUCUGGUGCCCACCACUAAUUGCUCAAUUAAGACAAGGAGGGUUGAUGAACACUCGAUAAGUCUGUGUGUGGAUGCGAUUCUAAUGAUCGACUGGCGAUCGAGGUGGAUAUGAGCUCGCUUAUUUGGUCAUGUAGGUAUGUCAGGGCUUGGUUCCCUCUAUUUGGUCGAUUCCUCUCCCGAGAACGAUCGGAGUUUGGCUACGCAACCAAAAAUAAGUUAUGUGAAGGAUGAUCACCGAUGUCGCUGAGAUGCCUGGAGGACAACAGAGAAUAAAGACGGAGAA